GUUCAUCGAAUUCUACCGAUUAGCGCGUUCUAUUACCGGAUUGGCAGCUUUCUAGGUUGAGAGCUAUAAGAGCGAAUCGAAAGCCGAUUGUGCGUAUUAGCGGUCCCGUUUUAGGGAUCCGGUCUCUCGCUGCCAUUGUCCGGACGUCAUCACCUCAAAAACCAGCAAACACACGUCUUUGCUGUGCCCAAACCAGCAUGGGGACAAGGAAAAACCCGACUUUAAAAGCUCCCCUGCCCCACCUGACGAUCAUCUUCCCAUUCCAUUAUCAGUCGAUCCCCUCCCAUUGCAGACGAUCGACGCGUCUUGCAAAGUAAACAAAACAAACAACAUAACAAAACAACCCAAUCGACACAGUGCACAGUGAGUGAUCGGUCUGCACAGCGGUGGUCAACAUUAUCGAAACCGAGACCGAACGAGAUCCGAAGGCCGGCAAGCAUCACAGCAUCUUCGAACGGUCGAACGGUCCAGGUACGCAGAUGAGCCCGGACGCAGAGUCAGAGUGCUUCGAACGUUUCGUGUGACCGGUAGUGUUCUUGUACGGGGCAGUGUAAACGAAUCGACUUGGUGAGGAUGAACCGAUUUGCUGGAGUGAUCGUACUGGCGGCGCUGGUUCUCGGUGCCCUGGCGCAGAACGAUGGUCGAGAUGCUACCGCAAUCCGCGAUCGGGCCGGCAAUGGGUACGAGGUCCUGGUCGAGUCGUCCCUGCAUGUGCGAAAGGCAAACCCGGCCGUACGACGCAACGUGCGCAGCGUGCUAGAUCUUCUCGUGCCACCAGCACCGGAAGCGGUGCUCGUGCGCCAAAAACGCCAGUUCGGUGGAUUCGGUGCCUCCAGCUCGAACGCUAACGCUAACGCCUUCAACCAACAGUUUGGCCCGAAUGGAUUUGGGGCUAGUGCCGCUAAUGCCGGCGCUCAAUCGUUCUACAACCAGGGACCGGGCGGUGGUUUCGGUGCAUCGGCUGCCAACUCUGCCUCGCAAGGUUUCCAGGCCGGUCCCGGUGGAUUCUCGGGCUCCGCUGGACAGUCCGGUAGCCAGAGCUACAAGCUCCCGGGCGAUCGGGACAUCAACCUCUCGUACAGUGGUGGAUUCUCCGUUGCCAACGGCCAGCCAAGCGUAUCGCAGGGCAGCUCCAUCAGCUUCUCCAAGAAGUAACCACCUCCACCGGCAAUGACUUUUUAUAGCGAAUAAGUAAACUUGUGUGUGUGGACAUUCGGGAAUGUCCCAGCCCGAAAAUAAAGCGUUUUGUGUUUUGUACCAGGUU